ACUGCAUAACAGCCUGUGGCUGCCCAAUAGUUUGUGAACGGUUGUUGAGAAAUCCCGAAAAUGAACAAACUAGUAUCUACUAUUCUGUUUCGUGCUUCCUUAACACGGUGGCCCCAAAGUGCCAAAUCGUUUCAUGUGCUAGGAAGACAGUACAGCUACAAAAGCGAUCUAGCUUUGGAAACCAUCUAUCCGAACAGUAGUCUCCGGCUGUACACACCACCGCCUCCAGCAGCAAAAAACGACGGUACCUUUAAUGGUUAUAUUCCACUGGAUAAGUUGAGCAUCACCUAUAGCCGCAGCAGUGGCCCGGGAGGGCAAAACGUGAAUACAGUGAGCACGAAGGUUGACCUACGUUUCCAUUUGAACACAGCUACUUGGCUCCCGGAACAGACCCGAAAUCGUUUGACAGAAUUGCAAAAGGGACGCAUCACGAAGGAUGGAUAUUUAGUGAUUAAAAGUGAACUCACGCGCUCGCAGCAAUUGAACACGGCGGAUGCGUUAGAAAAGCUACGUACAUACAUCAGACAGGCAGAGCAACCAGUCUCCCUAGAGCCUACUGCUGAAACGGUAGAAAAACUACGGCGUAGACAUGAAAAAGCUGCCCGCGAACGGUUGGCCAUGAAAAGGAAACGCUCGGAGACGAAAGCCUUUCGCCAAGCUCCUCUUUAGGCAGUAGACCGCUGGAUGGUGUAUCGGUAGUAAUAUACAUUGUUCGUGUAACAGCAUUUUCAUUCUUUAAUGUUUUGAUUGGCUGCAACAUACAAUACCCUGAAAAUCCGAAAAACUUUUACAUUCAAUUGGUACCAGAGUUCAGAAUCCUUCAACAUAAAAACUCAAUCUCUUCGUAAAAUUUAUACUUUUUUAUUGUUCGUCAAAUACGAUAAAAGCAUCAUAUGUUUGUACUAUAGUGAAUCCAACCAACUCUCGUAUUUCUUGUUUGUUGUAUUCAUACUGCGGUGCGACAU